ACCCUAUUUAUAACCUCCCCUCAGCCCCAUCCUCUUGCUCGCCACUUCCAGGGAACCAGCCUGUGCUCUCAGCUCCGGGCUCCAGGCACCCCAGCUCCUGCUGUCAUCCGAGAGGUCCCCCCUUCUGCAGCUCGGCCGCGGGCUCACUGUUUACCUCCCUCGCAGCCCGGCCACUGGCUGCCUGCUCCGGAUUAACCGCGCCGGGACACCCCUAUAAAAGAAGAACCCUUUAUUUUUUUCCCCUUUCCCUCCCAACUCUUUUUUUUUUUUCCGUUCAACUCAAUUUCUUCCAGUUUUCUUUCUUUCUUUUUCUUUCUCUGACUGAAAAAGCACCAGAGGAGAGAGAGAGUCUUGGAGCAGCAGCCCAGCAGAGAGUUUGGAUAUACUUGCUGGCGAUUCCUUGGUCCUUUAUCACAUACUUCUCGGUUGGUUUAGUAACUUUAUCCCGGUCGCGUCCGGUUCCUCUCCUGCUUGUGUUCUCUCCCUCUCUCCCCCUCUCCCUCUCUCCCCCUUUACCUGUGCGGGGUCUGAGAGGCGAGGUCGCUGCGUGGUGCGAUGGAUCACACGCUGUUCGGGUGCCUGCGCAGCCCCCAUGCGUCGGCGCAGGCCCUGCACCCGGCCUUCACCCAGUCCCCCCUGACGCUGCACGGCCGCUCGGACCACGUCUCCUACCCGGACCCGUCCUCCUCGCCCUCCACCUCGUCCCCCUCGCCCUGCAUCGUCACGGGUUACCCCACCCCCGCCGACGACAGCCUCUUCCCGGGACAGCACCACCACCCGCACCCGCACCACCACCACCACCACCACCUCCACCACCCCCACCACCCCUCUCACCGGGGCAACCUGCCCCCCCACCACCACCACCAGCAGCAGCAGCAGCAGCAGCAGCAGCAGCAGCAGCACGCCCACGCCACCCCCCAGCACCAGGCCCACUGGCACAUCCCGCAGAUGCCGUCGCCGGGCAACGGGAACGCCGUUUCCCGCCAUGUGAACCUGUGUCACCCGCAGACCCACCAGGGGCCGGACAGGGCCCCCGGGGCCCACGACCUGGGCACCCCCGGAGGGCCCAGCAUGUGUGCCAGCACCCCAAGCCUGGGGGGAAGCAGCAGCCCCCACACGGGCACCACCUGCGCCCCCGUGGACUUUGGCCGGCAGACUCUGUCCCCCGCCGAGGCAGAGAAGAGACACGGCAAGAGGAAGAGUGACAGUUCAGAGUCCCAAGACGGGAACUACAAGUCAGAUGUGAGCAGUAAACCCAGGAAGGAGCGGACGGCGUUCACCAAGGAGCAGAUCCGCGAGCUGGAGGCCGAGUUCGCCCACCACAACUACCUGACCCGGCUGAGGCGAUACGAGAUCGCUGUGAACCUUGACCUCACCGAGAGACAGGUGAAGGUCUGGUUCCAGAAUAGGAGGAUGAAGUGGAAGCGGGUGAAAGGAGGCCAGCAGGGGGCGCUGGCCCGGGAGAAAGAACUGGUCAAUGUGAAAAAGGGGACACUGCUGCCCUCUGAGUUCUCUGGCAUCGCUGCCCUCCACCACUCCACAGACUCCUUAGCCAAUGAGGAGGACAGUCACGACAGCGACCAGAGUUCUGAGCAUGCUCACUUGUGAUGGUCA